CAUCCGGUCAGAAUCGGACACACGAGUUGGCCGACUUCGAACGUUCAGCCUGUGCAUGCUCGCCUGCCCGGCUCCAGAUCCAGCUCGAGUGAUUUCCAGUUCGGCCGCCAGCAGAGGGACUAGGCUUCCCCACUGGCAGACCCUCCAGAUGCAGGCUGCGAGUGUACAUACAUAUACAGUAUAUAAGGGUGCUGCAACGUCUUUGUGCGUCCUGUCAGUCUGUUCUCGGUGUCGAAGAUUCCCGUCAGCAGAUUGAGCCCAGAGGCUUCGUGACGUCCGCCCUUCGCAAUCCUCCCUCCCGACAUCGCUCUCAUCCCAACCAAGGCCAGACAGAGAUCGCAACCAAGCAUCCCCCACACACUCCCAACACAAACCCUCAUCACAACCACGCCCACCGCAACAAAAUGCCCGUCGACACGUCCAACCCCACAAAAGUCAUCCUCACCCACAACACCUCCACCGCCGAAAUCUACUACUUUGGCGCAACCCUCACAUCCUGGAAACCUCACGGGACCGAACGCCUCUUCCUUUCCUCCAAGGCUAUUCUCGAUGGCUCCAAAGCCAUCCGGGGCGGAAUUCCAAUCGUGUUCCCGCACUUCGGCACCAUCCCCUCCUCCAAACUCCCGCAACACGGGUUCGCCCGCAACUCGCUCUGGAAACUCGACGGCAUCCCAUCCGAAUCCACCACCGAAACCACCGUAACCCUCUCCCUCUCCCCGGACUCCGUGCCGCCCAACCUCCGUGAACUGUGGCCGCACGCAUUCCACCUCGCCUACACCGUGACCCUCACCGACGGCGAGCUCAAAACCGCCCUCGGGAUAACCAACCCCUCCCCCGCCGCGUGGGACUUCACCACCCUGCUGCACACCUACCUCCGCGUCGGCGACAUCGCCCCGGUGCGCGUCGCGGGGCUGCACGGGGUGCCGUUUGUCGACAAGGUGGCGGCCGAGGGGGAGGAGGCGACGGCCGUCGAGGGACGGGAGGCUGUGAGCGUGGCGAGGGAGGUGGAUCGGGUGUAUGGACCCGUGCAGAACGAUGAGCUGGUGGUGAAGGGGACCGGGGUGGGCGAUGGGACUGUCUUUGUACAUAAGCAGAACUUCCCGGAUGUGGUGGUAUGGAACCCCUGGAUCGAGAAAGCCAAAGGCAUGGCCGAUUUCGCCGACGACGAGUACCACAACAUGAUCUGCGUCGAGGUCGGCCACGUCUCAACACCCGUAACCCUCGCCCCCGGCCAAACAUGGCAAGGCUCGCAGACCCUCGGCGCCCGUAAAGGCGCCGCGUUGUGA